ACAUAAUUGCUAUUUACCUUGUCGAUUAUACUUCAAGCUUAAGCCGCUAGACGUCAUCACUAAAGAUUUUUCAAUGGUUCUCAAUACUCGAUUCGCUCAUUUCAUUAGCGCACCUAACGAUACUUGCGUGUAAAAUAUCACCACAAAAUGAAGAUCGGACUGUGCGCUUACAGUGGGUACAAAAUUUACCCAGGCCAUGGCAAAACUAUGGUUAAAGUUGAUGGAAAGACUUUUACUUUCCUCAACUCAAAAUGUGAGUCUGCUCACCUGAUGAAACGUAAUCCUAGAAAGGUUACAUGGACUGUCCUUUAUAGGCGUAAGCACAAGAAGGGUCAAGAAGAAGAACAGACCAAGAGGAGAACACGAAGAACUCAAAAGUUCAAUCGUGCUAUUGUCGGUGCUUCCUUGUCGGACAUUCUCGCCAAGAGAAACAUGAAGCCUGAGAUUCGUAAAGCACAGCGAGAACAAGCAGUAAAAGCCGCUAAAGAGCAAAAGAAAGCCGCCAAAGCAGCAAAGAAAGCAACCGCACCACCUAAGCCCAAGCCAACCAAGAAGGACAAGGCCGCUAAGGUGACGCAAAAAAGUGCUCCACGUGUUGGUGGAAAACGAUAAUUUUUCGGUAUUAAAUUUAAUAAAUAAUUCCGUGAAAUUAUCAAAAAAUAAAUUUUCUCAUAAUUUACCUUA